AUGUUAUUUCUAUUAAAUUUGAUUAAUUUUUUCAAAGGAUCGCAAGGACCUCAAGGACCACAAGGACCUACUGGACCAACUGGAUCGCAAGGUCCUCAAGGUCAAAGAGGUGACACAGGAAGUCCAGGUACGGCUGGAUCUCCUGGCAAUGCAGGUGCAACUGGUCAACCAGGUCCUGUUGGUCCAGCGGGAGCUACUGGGCCAGCUGGACCAUCUGGACAGCCAGGAAAUAUGGGAAAUCCAGGCUCAAUAGGACCACAAGGUUCACCUGGACCCCAAGGACCUCAGGGCAUUCAAGGACCACCUGGUCCAACUGGAGAACAAGGAUUUCAAGGGCAGCCCGGAAUUUUUGGACCAACUGGGCCUGCUGGACCCACCGGGAGCCAAGGCCCUCAAGGACAAAAAGGUAACUCUGGAUCAGAUGGAGCUCCAGGUCCUGCUGGACCUAAAGGAGAUCAAGGUUCACAAGGUGCUCCAGGUCCGCAAGGACCUGCUGGUCAAACCGGACCUCUUGGAAAUACUGGACAAUCUGGAGCAACAGGUGGCGUUGAAAAAUUAUUUUUUGCAAAUUUUCAGUGUUAA